AUGUCUGACGACGAAAGCCUCAACUACCCGCUCUUCCGCGACUGUCUCUCCGCCACGAUUCUCCAGCCUGUCCCCGCGCCGGAGCCGAAGCGCAGGAGGCGAGCCAAGGCGGGGCGAACAUCUCCAAUCCCGGCCCCGGCUCCCGAUCCGGACCGGGACGCCGAAGAGCUCGCCGACUUUAUCGAUUACCUGGCCGACGGCAUCUUUCAGAAUCUUCCACAGGAUCUACAGGAGCUGGACUACCGCUCGUGGAGGGAGUCUGAGGAACUGCAGGCGCAGUACUCAUUGCCACUGACGCCGGAUAGCCUGUCGAAGCUCGACUUGCCGUCCUCUAUCUGCGAGACUCUCAUCACAUACAACCUCAUCGCUCCGGACCCGACUCAACCUUCGCAUCUCCCGCCCACACCCGAAGCUUUCCUGCUCCCCAUCCUGACAGGAUACCUUACCCCUCUCAUUGAGCCGCCGCCAGCCACGCCGUCCACUCGCACGGAUGCCUGCGAGCUUUGUGAGCGGUCUUGGAUCCCUCUGUCAUAUCACCACCUCAUUCCUCGAUUUGUGCACGAUAAGGCCGUCAAGCGCGGAUGGCACCGUAAGGAGGAUCUGCAAAACGUGGCGUGGCUGUGUGGCGCGUGUCAUAGGUUUGUGCACCGGUUCAAGAACCAUGAAGAUCUGGCGAGGCAUUACUACACGGUAGAGCUUUUGUUGGAGGAGGAAGAGGUGAGGAAGUUUGCAGAGUGGGUUGGGAAAUUGCGCUGGAAAGGCGGCAAGACGAGAAGCAGGAGAUAUUAG